AUGGACACUCAAAGGGUGACUCAGGGUGAAAGCUAUCAAAACUACGAUGAAUCAUCGCAGAGUGAUGUGGGUGACUCUGACUCGGAUGGACUUGGUUCCAGGAGGAGAAAUAAGAAGGAACCACGUCAGCAAAUGAAAAAGUCUGUACGAAUUUUGUUGACAGCCGUCUUGGAAACUAUUCGUGAAGGUGGAUUCAAUGCUGUCAGUAGUGCGGACCGUCAUAGCCUUGCUGAAGCUAUUGACGCGACCGGUCACCACACAGCACUACAUGUUCUAGCAGAAAUGCAGAAAGCAGAACUACCGAACAAUUCUAAACACCUUCAGUCCCUUGUCAAAUUUCUGGCUACACCAGGAAAGAAGCGGCUGCUAGCUGAAACAGACUUUUCUGAGCGCACGUCACUUCACAUUGCAAUAUCGAAUGGGAAAAGAUCUAUGGUCAAGUGGAUGUGUGAGGCCUACGACAACAUUGACGCAAUCCUCUCCAUUCAGAGCGGAAAGCGUGGAAACUGUAUUCAUUACGCUAUUGAGAGUGCAAGUGAGCGCAGCAACAUGGCAGCUUUCUUGGUUGAUUUGGCCUCGGAGGCGACUUUGAGUGCUAAAAACGAUGAUGGCAAUACUCCACUACAUCUUGCGGUUGCGUAUCGUCGGGUUUAG